UUCCAAUGUAAUUAUUUCUUUCUUAUAAUAAUAAUAAUAAUAUAACAUACCUUGUUAUUUUUAUUCUUCUUCCAUAAUAGGUAGAUUGUCCUAAACACUUAAUUAGGGGGAAGAAAAGCCAAAACCCUAUAAACCUUUUGUAAAUAUUUCAUAUUCCAUCAUAUACAAAGACAAAGAAAGAAACACGUUGGUGUUUGGUGAAGAAAACAAAGAAGCAUAGAUAGGAUUAUAUAUAUAAACACAGCUUUGUUCAUAACACCAAUCCAAAGGUUUGUUUUUUAGUUUUUGUUCAUCAAGUCAAAGAAUGAAGGAUUCUGGUUACUCGGGCGGAGACGCAGCGGCGGGAGGCGGUGGCAACCACCUCUUGGUGAGGAGGGUGAUGCAAAUGACUAUGGUGGUUCUUGCUUUUGUUGUGGUGUGGAUCCUCAUGUAUAACUCUUCUUCUCCCUUUGCAAUCCCUGUUUUCUCACGUUACAUCACUACUCGUGACUCAACAAUGAUAAGCUAUGACCCAGAGCUAGAGAGCGUUCUAAGAAAUGCUUCUAUGGAGAAUAAGACAGUGAUAAUUACAACUUUGAAUGAUGCAUGGGCAGAGCCAAAUUCAAUAUUUGACAUAUUCCUCAAGAGUUUUCACCUUGGGAUUGAGACGGAGAGAUUGUUGAAACACUUGGUGGUAAUAACUUUGGACCAGAAGGCACAUGCUCGUUGUCAAGCUUUGCACCCUCAUUGCUAUCAUCUUGAGACAAAGGGUGACAACUUCACCAAAGAAGCAUUUUUCAUGACACAAGAUUACUUGAAAAUGAUGUGGAGAAGAAUUCAGUUUCUCGGCUCUGUUCUUGAAAUGGGCUACAGCUUUGUCUUCACGGAUACUGAUAUAAUGUGGCUGAGGAACCCAUUCAAUGAAUUCUACAAUGAUGGAGAUUUCCAAAUUGCUUGUGAUUUCUAUAAUGGAAACUCCAAUGACUUGAAUAACCUACCAAAUGGAGGCUUCACCUAUGUAAAGUCCAAUGAGAAAACAAUUUGGUUCUACAAGUUUUGGUUGAAUUCAAGAAAAGCAUACCCCAAGAUGCAUGAUCAAGAUGUUUUCAACAAGAUCAAGAUGAACCCUCUCAUUCAAAACAUUAAGUUAAAGAUUAGGUUCCUAGGCACAACGCAUUUUGGGGGGUUUUGCCAGCCCAGCAAGGAAUUCAACCAGGUUUGUACAAUGCAUGCUAAUUGCUGUGUUGGUUUGGACAACAAAGUCAAUGAUCUCAAAAUCUUGCUUGACGAUUGGUCAAAGUAUAUGGCAUUGCCUAACAAUACAAAACCAAAUGUACAUACUUCUUGGACUGUGCCACAAAGUUGCAAGACAUCAUUUCAGCGUAGUAGAAACAGGAAAAACAAAGGCAGAUGAUGAUGACCAACAAUUCAUAUAAUUGCUGCUUGAUGAUUGUAUAAAGGUGUCGAAGGUUGGAUCUAUAUAUCAAUCACGUUACAGAUCACAGCAAAAGAUUUGGGUUGUCAAACCUUUUUUUCUUCCUUGGAAGUAAACAAAUUGAAAGGAAAAAAAAAUGGAGGACAUGGAGAAUUGUUCAAAUUCUCUGAUUAUGUGAAAACUCACCAUUUUGAACUUUAUAGUCUUUUAAGUUAAAUUGAUAUUAUUGU